UGCGACAGCUAGAAGCACGACAAUGGCGCUAUUUGCCGAGCGUGGCCGCAGGAUGACGCUUUAGUCCCCAGCAGGCCUUUUCAAUCGACCCUGUCGACUUUCAUAUCGUAACCAUUGUGCGUGAAUGGCAAAGAUUGCGCAAGUGCCUUUCUACGGCGAUCUUCAGAUUGGCGUAGAAACAACGGUCGGUGACUAAAACGUGAAUCAAAAGCCGUGAUUCUACUAGAAUGGCGAUAGUAGCGCCCUCACGUAGCUUUCACCACUUCUAGCAGCUGAAGCAUAGCUGUAACCCUAUAGCGUAGCGCGUACACACUGUCCUUAACUGCUCAGGAAAGUUUCGUGCCAGAUCGCUACUUGAUCCUGUGGCCAAGCAUUGCUGUGGACGCGGCAGACGCUACGCUGACUCGUCACGCUUCGCCAUGGAGGCUCACGGCCAAGAUGCUUUGUUCAGGGACGCCUGGCUUGGGCCAAGGCCAGCCACAGACGACUCCUACCUGCAAACUCUUACCGACAGCAGUGAGGCUGACAAGGCUGGCACCCACGGGGCAACCAUUAGCGACACAGAGGGCGGAACGACGCUAACGCUCGCUGGCGCUCAGCAGCUGGUGUGUUCGGCUGCUGCCGAGCUGCAGUCUGUCGAGCCCUACCAGUGCACAACAAAUUUGCAAACAUGCACAGCUGCAGCGCCAGGACUUGUCGCCGAUGCUGAAGCGCCACCACCGACCAAACCCCCGUACUCGUACGUUGCUCUCAUCGACAUGGUGCUCAAGGAGGCUCCGGGCGGAAAACUUCCACUCAGUGGCAUCUACAACGCCAUCAUGGAAAGGUUUCCGUACUACAAAAAGGAACAACGUGGAUGGCAGAACUCCAUACGCCACAACCUCAGCCUGAAUGAAUGCUUCGUCAAGGUGCCUCGUGAUGGCGUGUCGGAUGCCAAAGGCCAUUACUGGUGCGUGCACCCUGCCUACAAGGACAUGUUCAAGGACGGAAACUACCAGCGGCGCCGGCGUAUGAACCGCUGCUCAAGGCCUGCCCCAGGGACAGUCCUGCCCGGUGCCGCACCAACGACCUCCAGGAUGGCGCGCGUGUCGGGACCAGCAGCAGCCUUCGUUGGUUGUGUACAGGGUGCCUUCUCACCUGUUCGGCCUUCGCAGCCAGACGCAUUCCUCGGCUACCGCGAACAGAUGCUGCAUCAUCACCAGCACGACUUGGCCAUCGCGCGGCCGCAGGUCAGCGCGGAACCAUUUUACGAGGCGGCGCAGAGGGCUUCUGGCCUAUGGACACAGCAGGCGACCUCCAGUGCCGAUGGACGACACUACUGACAGGCUACAGGACCCAUGCGCAUAGUCAUUCAAAGCAAUUCUCCUUCACAACUAAAUAUCGGGACGUUGUUCCGUAUACAACAUCAUGAAUCAUUGUCGCGAGUUUUAAAACAUAAUUACACGAUGUGAACCAGAAUGGUAAAGGGUGUUUAAGUUUCUGUCCAUGUCUUCAUGAGUAUAGAAGGAAGUAUAAAGCUAGUUUUACACUGACGCACACACUUGCUUUAUUGGCUGAGAUCUUAAGAAGUGGAGAACUCCCGCCCAGAAAGGUUGCUCACAUACGAGAAAAUAUACGGCAAACUAAGCUUCAUUCUGUUACGCAUAUAUAUUUUUGAACCCUCACGUGCUAUUUAGU